AUGCAACAACCCAUCCUACCCCCUCCAAACACCACCAUCCUCAGCACCUCCCCAACCACCCCAAACAUCCACGCCCUCUUCGACCCCCCAACCAGCACCUGGCAAUACCUCAUCGCCGACCCCACCACAUCAGCCGCUGCCAUCAUCGACCCCGUCCUCGACUACGACCCCACCACGCAAACCAUCACCACCACCACCGCCGACACCCUGCUCGCCCUGGCCGCCAGCAAGCAGUACACCAUCUCGCACAUUCUGGAGACCCACAUCCACGCCGACCACCUCACCGCCGCCGCCUACCUGCAAGCCCGUCUCGCGCAGAGCCAACCCUCCAAGCCGCCGAUCUGCGCCGGCCACCGCAUUUCACAGGUGCAGCGGCUAUUCGCCGCCCGCUACGCCAUCCCCGCGGAAGAGUACCAGCCUCCGAAGGGAGGGUUCGAUAGACUCUUCCAGGACGACGAGACGUUUCGCAUUGGGGGGUUGGAGGCGGUCGCGGUGCAUCUUCCGGGACAUACGCCGGAUCAUUUGGGGUAUCUGAUUGGUGGUGAAAACCUCUUCAGCGGGGACUCCCUCUUUCACCCCGAUAUCGGUACCGCGCGCUGCGACUUCCCCGGCGGCUCCCCGGAACAACUCUGGGCGUCCGGCCAGAAGGUGCUUGCCCUGGCCCCGGACACGAAGGUCUGGGCGGGACAUGACUAUCCCCCGCCGGCUGGGGGCAGGAAGGAGGUGGUGCCGUAUGUGACCGUCCGGGAGCAUCAGCAGGGAAACCGGCAUCUGAAGAAGGGGGGUCCCAGCCGGGAGGAGUUUGUGAGGCUCAGGGGAGAGAGGGAUCGGGGGUUGGGCGAGCCGAGGCUGUUGCAUGUGGCGUUGCAGGUUAAUGUGAGGGGAGGCAGAAUGCCUGCUCCGAUCGGGGGGGAGGGGGGGUUGAGGUUGUUGAGGGUGCCUGUUCGGGGGGGUAAAUCUUGGGAGUAG